GUUUAUAAAUAAACAAGCUGGAGGUUUCACUAAGCUAAAAAAUUGCAAUUGGCAUUGCAGAAUCUUUCUAAUUUAAAUAUGUUGUUUAUUAAUCAAUAUUUAUUGUUUGCAUUAGUAUGGAAAACAGUAGCUUAUCCAGACCAAAAUCAAAAAAAAACUUUGCAUAUUCACAAUCUGUAUCGGAAAUGGCAUUUGUCAAAACCGCUACAGCUCAGCCAAGAAAUGUCAGAAGAAGCAACAAAGUAUGCUUUGGAACUGUCAAUUAAAGGCGUAUUACAACAGUCCAACACAUCUGAUGGUGAAAAUCUUGCACUUUUGUGUGGAUUGGAUUCUCAUAAGAUCAAAAAGGCUUCUCAAAUUUGGUAUAAUGAAGUUUGUCAGCAAGAAUAUGACUUCUCUAGUGAAAGUAAUAAAAAGGAAACACUCCAUUUUACUCAGUUAGUUUGGAAAAACACCUCAUUUCUUGGAGUAGGUUUUCAUACAGUUACCAAUCCAGAUGGUGAAGAAUGCACUUUUGUGGUGGCACGAUAUCGUCCUUCUGGAAAUUUAAAAAACAAGUUUAAAAAUAACGUAAAAAAAGGGUAUUUUGAUCGUAAAAAAAUGUGCAUCAAGUUAAAAAAAGAUAAAAACACCAGAAGUCUUGUUAAUACAAGAAGCCAAGUUAAACCUCCUGAUGAUCCUACAGAUUUUGUAAAUUCUAAACUUGAGAAGCAGUUGCAACAGAGUAAGAUAUCAGAUGUUGCAAAAACAAUAGCAAAAGCUUUAGCUCUCGGAGCAAAAGUAGGAGCUAUUGCCGGUGCUAAAGCUGGAGCUAAAGCUGGAAAAUUUCGAGCUGAUUCAAUGAAAGAUAAUUUAACAACACAAGAAUUAUCAGAUAUGACUGGCGUGCAUACAACAGGCACACAUUAUUAUUUUGAUGACACUCAGAAUGAUUAUUUAGAAAAGUUACCUUCAGUGUUUGUUAAUAAAAUUUCCAAAGAAAAUUUUACUAAUCUUUUCAACUCAGUGUUUGAUGCAGCAGCAGAUGCAGCUGAAAAAGCAGGUGAAAUGGCAGGAAGAAAAGCUGCAUUAAAUUCUAAGCAUUUUAACAAAGUUAAGUUCAGUAAACAAAAUUUAUUUAAAGAAAGUAGUGCCAGUAACUAUAAAACUACUGCAGAAUACAAUGGCUUAGACAAAGAAGUUGAAAAUGAAAAAGAAAGCUCAGUUAUGUUUUCGGCUGAUGAAAAUAAAGUCAAUGCUGCAGAUGCAACCUCAUCAUCUAUAAACUUUGAGGAGGAUGGUUUAAGAGCACACAACUAUUUUCGUAAAAUACACAAUUCUCCAGAUAUGAAAUUAAAUUCUAAAAUGUCAGAGGAGGCUGAGAAGUAUGCACAAUAUCUAUCAAAAAUUCAAGACUUGAAACACUCUUCAGAUCGUAAUAAUGAAGGAGAAAAUUUAGCAUAUGGAUGUAACUCAGGUAGUGAAGAAAUGUCUGCAGCAGAAGCAGUAAGGAAUUGGUAUGCUGAAGUUUGCAAACCUGGUCAUGAUUUUAAACAGAAUAGUUUUAAUUACAACACAGGUCAUUUCACUCAGGUUGUUUGGAAAGGUAGUACAGAACUUGGUAUGGGUAAAUCAUCAUCAAAAAAAGAUGGCAUGUUUUGUACUUACAUUGUUGGUAGAUACAAACCAGCUGGUAAUAUGGGUGGAGAGUUUACAAAAAAUGUUUUGGUAGGAUCUUUUGAUAAAAAAAAUACAUGCGAUAGUUUAGACAAUGUGCUCAGCUCUGCUGCUCAGCCAAGUGAAUCUAAACAAGGAAGUCAAAGCGAUUCAUCUCCCUCUUCAGAUGCUAGCUCUUCAAAUUCAAACUCCCCUGCUGCAAUUCCAAGUCCAUCCCCAGGUAUUGAAAGUAAUGGAGGUAAUAGUGAUGAAAACUCUUUUGACCAGUUAGGUCUUAAUGCACAUAACAUUUUACGUAAAAUACACAAUGCUCCAGAAAUGAAGUUAAAUUCUAAGAUGUCUGAAGAGGCCGAGAAGUAUGCUAAACAUCUAGCUGACAUUCAAGAACUAAAACACUCUACAGACCGUAAUGGGGAAGGAGAAAAUUUAGCAUAUGGCUGCAAUUCUGCAGGUACAGAAAUGUCAGCAGCUGAAGCAGUAAAAAAUUGGUAUGCAGAGGUUUGUUCUCCAGGACAUGACUUUAGUAAAGAUGGUGGUUCUGGUACUGGUCACUUUACUCAGGUUGUAUGGAAAGGUAGCACAGAACUUGGUAUGGGCAAAGCAACAUCAAAAAAAGAUGGCAUGUUUUGCACAUACAUCGUUGGUAGAUACAAACCAGCUGGUAACAUGCUUACACAAUUUACAAAAAAUGUUUUUGAAGGAUCGUUCGAUAAAAAAAAGACAUGCGAUAGUUUAGAUAAUUUACUUAGUUCUGCUGCACAACCAAGCAAGUCUAAGCAAGAAAGCCAAAGUGAUUCAACAUCUUCUUCUGACUCCUCAGCUUCCAGUUCUUCAAACUCAAACUCCCCUGCUGUAAUUCCAAAUACUGCUCCAAAUAAUGAAGGUAAAGAAGCCAGCGGUGACCAGAAUGCAUUUGACCAGUUGGGCCUUAAUGCACAUAAUAUUUUACGAAAAAUACACAAUGCUCCAGAUAUGAAGUUAAAUUCUAAGAUGUCUGAGGAAGCUGAGAAGUAUGCUAAACAUCUAGCUGACAUUCAAGAACUAAAACACUCUACAGACCGUAAUGGGGAAGGAGAAAAUUUAGCCUAUGGAUGCAAUUCAGCUGGCACAGAAAUGUCAGCAGCUGAAGCAGUUAAAAAUUGGUAUGCUGAGGUUUGCUCUCCAGGGCAUGAUUUUACUAAAGAUGGAGGUUCUGGUACUGGUCAUUUCACUCAGGUUGUUUGGAAAGAUAGCACUGAGCUUGGUAUGGGCAAAGCAACAUCAAAGAAGGGUGGCAUGUUGUGCACAUAUAUUGUAGGUAGAUAUAAACCAGCUGGCAACAUGCUUACUCAGUUCACAAAAAAUGUAUUUGAAGGAUCGUUCGAUAAAAAAAAGACAUGCAAUAGUUUAGAUAAUUUACUUAGCUCUGUUGUUCAACCAAGUGAAUCUAAGCAAGGAAGUCAAAGUGAUUCAACGUCUUCUUCUGACUCUUCAGCUUCAAGUUCUUCAAACUCAAACUCCCCUGCUGCAAUUCCAAAUGCUUUACCAAAUAGUGAAAGUAAGGGAAGUAGUAAUAAUCAAAACUCUUUUGAUCAAUCUGGUCUCAAAGCACACAAUAUUUUGCGUAAAAUACACAAUGCUCCAGAUAUGAAAUUAAAUCCACAACUAUCAGCUGAUGCCCAGAAAUAUGCAGAACAUUUAGCAGAUAUUCAAAAGUUGCAACAUGCGUCAGAUCUUAAUGGACAAGGAGAAAAUUUAGCCUAUGGGUGCAAUUCAGCUGGUACAGAAAUGUCGGCAGCUGAAGCAGUUAAAAAUUGGUAUUCAGAAGUUUGCUCGCCUGGUUAUGAUUUUGAUAAAGAUGGUGAUUUAGCUACUGGUCAUUUUACUCAGGUGGUAUGGAAAGCUAGUACAGAACUUGGUAUGGGCAAAGCAACAUCAAAGAAGGGUGGGAUGUUUUGCACAUACAUUGUUGGUAGAUACAAACCAGCUGGUAACAUGCUUUCUCAGUUUACAAACAAUGUUUUAAAAGGAUCUUUUGAUAAAACACAAACUUGUGAUAGUUUAAAUAAUAUACUUAGCAGUGCAUCACAACAGAGUGAAACUGAGGAUUCACCAAGUGCUCCAGAUAACUUAGCUUCUUCAGCUGCUGCUCCAAGUACAAACAGUGAUCAAACAACUUUCUGUCAAACAGGCCUUAAUGUGCAUAAUAUAUUCCGCAAGAUUCAUGGUGUUCCAUUGAUGGCACUUAGUAAGAGAAUGUCUGAUGAAGCUGAGAAUUAUGCAAAAUACCUAGCAAGUAUUCAAUCACUAAAACAUUCUUCAGAUCUCUUAGAUGAAGGAGAAAAUUUAGCAUAUGGUUGCAAUUCAGUUGAAAUGACUGCAGCUGAAGCUGUUAAAAUGUGGUAUUCUGAAGUUUGUAACCCUGGUUAUAAUUUUGAUCAAAGUAGUGAUAGUGCAAUUUCGUCAGCAACUGGGCACUUUACUCAAGUUGUAUGGAAAACAAGCACUCAGCUAGGUAUUGGUAAAUCGGUAUUGAAUAAAGGGGGAAUGAUUUGUACUUAUGUGGUUGGAAGAUAUAAGCUUGCUGGAAAUGUUUUAGGGCAGUACAAAGAAAAUGUUCUUAAAGGUAACUUUGAUUCUAAAGAAACCUGUAUGAACUUAGAUGGUUUGAUUAACAAUGGUGUUCCAAGCUCUCCUUCAAAUGCUAAUCCAAGCUCUUCUUCAAAUGCUAAUCCAAGCGCUUCUUUAAGUGCUAAUCCAAGCUAUCCUCCAAGUGCUAAUCCGAGCUUUCCUCCGAAUGCCAAUCCGAGCUUUCCUCCGAAUGCCAAUCCAAGCUUUCCUCCGAAUGCCAAUCCAAGCUUUCCUCCGAAUGCCAAUCCAAGCUUUCCACCUAAUGCUAAUCCAAACUCUCCUAUAAGCUCCGAUCAAAGUUUUCCUACAUACCCUAAUCCAGGUUCUUCUACAUACCCUGAACCUAUCUCUCCUAUAAACAAUAAUCCAAGCUCUAAUACAAACCUUAACCCUAAUUCCAUAAACUCUAAUCAAAACUAUCCUCCAAACUCUUAUCCAAAUUCUCCUCAAAACAGUUUACCAAGUUCUUCUGCAAACUCUAAUCCAAGUUCUUCUAAAAACCCUAAUCCAAAUUCUUCUAAAAAUCCUAAAAGUUCUCCUUUAAACCCAAAUCCAACACCCCCUCCAAACUCAAACUUAAUCUUUCCACAAAAUGCACUUGACGAUCAAUCAAAUAUGGGUGCAAGCAGUGACAUUAGUGAUGAUACUUUUCCAAAUGAAAAGCAGACAUUGGCACAAGCUAUGUCAGCUGCCAUUGAAGCAGCCGUGGGCGCAGCUUAUGAUGUAGGGAAAAAAAUUGCUGAGUCAAUAAAGGGCGGGAAAGAAUUCACUCCUAAUCCAAAAGAAGCGCUGAACUCAGCUUUAAAUAAUAACAAGAGACAAUUUAUGAGUUUUUUGAGCCAAAAAGCCGGAAAACGUACCUUAGAUCAACAUGACGAAGAGCAAUCAAGUUUAGAAAGUAAUCCUGAAAAAAUUGGUGCAAUUUUAGGUGCAAAAGCUGGUGCAAAAGCAGGUGCAAUGGCUGCUGCGAAUUUCAUUGAACAAGAAGUAAAGAAAAAGUUGAAGUCAUCUUUCAGCUUUAUAGUAAAAAAUACUGGAACCAGUGGAUUUAUGUCAUCCAAAGCUACCCAUAAUCAAGGUCAAGAAACCUUUUGGAAUGUUGACAAUGGUCUAAAAAAUUCAAAAACCAUAGCUUUAGAAAAAGAUGAACAAAAGCAAGAAAAUUUAAUCAACCAAUCAAAUCUAAUCAAAAAUUUAAUCAACCAAACAAAUCUAAUCAAAGGAAAUGAAAAGAAGCUUGUGAACAGUCUGCCUAAUACUGUUUCGAUGAACACAAGUAGUGUGUCUGCUAACAGUGCAUCUGUCGAAAGUGCUGCUAAGAUUGGAGCCUUAAUAGGUGCAAAAGCAGGAGCUGAAGCUGCAGUUAAUUCAAUUCAGCAGAAAAACAUAUUAGCUACAAAAAAAAUUGAAAAUAUCAAUGCAGAUACGCAAGGGCAAAUGUGGAAAAUACAUCUUGACGAGGAUUCAAAAGUUAUAGAAAGUCAAAAUUAUUAUUUAUGUGCAAAGCGGAAUGCAGGCAAUUCAUCAGUUGAAAAUGAUAUGAUUUGGAAAUCUGCUUUAGAAGGUGCACAGAUUGGUGCAGAGAAAGGAGCCAUUUCAGCUGCAGAUGAAGUUAUUCGAUCACUUGGAUUUAGAGGUUUUGACAAAUUAAAAGAAAAAAGGAAAGCAAGAUCAAUUGGCCUGAGUGUUGCUGAAAAUGAAGCAGUUGUUAUUGCAAAGCGAGUAGUACAAGAUGUUAAUUUGAAACUUACUGAAUUAAAAACUUGCAUUGCCUCACAAAAGUCAGACUUCCAUGAAUUUUCCAACUUUUCUUUGUUUUCUCGUUCAGGGCUGGAAGCCCAUAAUAAAUUACGUAGAGCACACGGAGUGCCUGACUUAGAACUUGACCUGGAAAUGACAAAAAAAGCAGAAGAAUAUGCAGAGAAACUUUCUAAACUUGGAAAGAAUUCUCUUGUUUUAGCUUCACCACUAGAAAGAGAUGGAUGUGGAGAAAACUUAGCAGUAUUUUGUACAUUAUCACCAUCUCAAAUUAUUGAUGAAGCUGCAGAAGCAGUGACAAAAUGGUAUUCAGAAGUUUGUACUCCAGGGUAUUCAUUUAAUGAUAAUACCCCUUCUAGUUCUGUUUUACAUUUUACUCAAGUUGUUUGGAAAUCAAGUACUCUUCUUGGCAUGGGCAAGUUUACUACAAAAAUACAUAGUGAAACAUGCACUUACAUUGUAGCUAGGUACAAGAAACCUGGUAAUGUAGCUGGUUUGUAUAAGUUUAAUGUUAUGAAAGGAAACUUUGAUCAAAAUUUGUGUCUCUUAAUGAAAAACAGUUCUUUUGUAUCAGGACCCGUUAUUACGCAAGAUGAUACAGAAUUUAUAUCAGAAAUGUUAGAUGCACACAAUAAAUAUCGUGCGAUACACCAUGCCCAGCCUCUUGUCAUAGAUGAUAAAUUAGCGGCUGACGCGCAAAGUUAUGCAGAAACAAUUGCCAAAAGAGGGACUCUUCAACAUGAACUUAAUAUUAACGACGGAGAAAACUUAGCUAUGAAGUGUUUAGGACCACAAGAGGUUGAACCUAACGGUGUAUUCUUUACUACGUUAUGGUAUCAAGAAGUGUGUAAUCCAAUUUACAAGUUUAAUGGAGUCUUUGACCAAUCUUCGUCUCAUUUCACUCAAGUUGUUUGGGCAGACACAAAGUUUUUGGGUGUAGGACGAGCACAAUCGACUAAGGGUGGCGUCACUUGUCAGUAUAUUGUAUCAAGAUACCGACCAGCUGGUAAUUUUGUCGAAGAGUUUGAUAAAAAUGUUUUAAAAGGCUCUUUUGUAGAAAAUAUAUGUAAAGGUUUAUCAGAUCAAGACAAAAGACAUCACAUGCCUAAGUACAGACCUAAAAACCUGAAAACAUUUACAUCGAUCGGGACAUCAGUUAUUUAA